UACAAAAACAACUAUCGAGCUAUCACACUCCUGGGUCCCCAUGCAGCGGGUCGCCCCCAUCCCGACCGAAGGAAAGUGGGAGUGUACGGAGGCCAGAAACUCGGGGCAAGAGUGGGGCACGCCCUGCCCUGCCGAGCCUUGCUGGCUGGCUGGCGACGACCGUCUCUCAGAACCUGGAGUGUGACCGCCCCGACCACAACUGCAGCCUUCUCCCGGGACUUUCAGAACACAGAAUGAGGGUGUUUGUCAUAGGCCUGGCUCUCUUGGCCGGGACUUGGGCUCAACAUCCUUUGUAUUCCAGAAGCCCGCUGAUCCCCAUCGCCCCGUUCGGCGCGUACUCUCAGGAACGGGUGGUGUCACAUGGGCGAGUUACUGCCCCCUCCAGAAUUUCUGGACCGUCCUCUACCUUCUUCAGCAGCCGGGAAACUUUUUCAUCACCGUGCACACCAUCACCUUGCGGCGAUAAUACUUACUGUGAGGUCUCGAGAACAGGUUACGCACAAUGCCGAUGUGUGGACGGCUAUGUCCCCGACAAAAACACGAUUAUCGGCUGCAAACCCCAGUGUGUAGGAGACUACGAGUGCCCAGAUGACUUCCGGUGCCAAGGCAGUAAGUGCGUGCGGGUGUGUGUCCAGGGUGCGUGUGGCCUCAACGCUCACUGCGAGGCCAGAAAUCAUCAAGCAAGAUGUUUCUGUCCAACAGGUUACAGAGGCAAUGCUGAACACCGCUGUAGUCAGGAAGAGAUCGAGGUCCGUAGAAUACCCGCAGCUGAACCUGUAAACCCUUGCGACGCCUACCCGUGUGGUGUCAACACUGACUGCAAUGAACGCGGUGGCAGAGCUGUGUGCACCUGUAAGAUCGGCUAUGAUGGGGAUCCUCUAACCGAGUGCAGACGUGGCCAAUGUUUGGAAAACCAAGAUUGCCCACAAAACAUGUUGUGUAGAUCAUUGAAGUGCUUCGAUCCCUGUUCUGACCCCCGCGACUACUGCGCCCCUAACGCUGUAUGCACCACAACCAGACACCAAGUCGUGUGUUCCUGUGACAGGAAUUACCGGGGCGAUGGUGUUAACUCUUGUGAGAGAUUCGAUCCAGCUUCAUUGUGCUCCCCAAGCCCUUGUGGAGGGAAUACCAACUGCAGGGUGCAGAACGAAAGAGCGGUGUGUUCCUGUAUCGAUAACUACCUCGGCAACCCUUUGACAGGCUGUACACCCGAGUGUGUGACUGACUCCGAUUGUAAUCGCGCUGAUCUUACCUGUAGACGAAACGAGUGUGUAAACCCGUGCAUUGGUCUCUGCGGUGAAGGAGCACAUUGUAACGUGAGGAACGGACAGGCACUAUGUUCUUGUCCAAAAUUCUACCAGGGAGAUCCAUACAUCCGGUGCUCGGCUGAGUGUACCGCCCACGACGACUGCAGACCCUUCCAAGCGUGUGCGGAGUAUAAAUGCGUCAACCCUUGUGAAGAAGCGUGUGGAAAAGGGGCUGACUGUAAGGUGGAGGACCAUACGCCCAUCUGCUCUUGCCCUUCAGGAUACACCGGACACCCCUUCGAAGGUUGCCGUCCAUUUACUGAUGAUGACUACUGCAACCCGGACCCUUGCGGCUCCAACGCUAAUUGUCAAGUUGGUCGUAAUAAAAUUGGUGAAAAGGUGCCCGUGUGUACCUGCCCUGAAUACUACAUCGGCAACCCUCUCAGCGCCUGCCAGUUGGGUUCCUGUAGAUCUAACAACGACUGUCCGAGCACCCAGGCCUGCUACAAGUAUGAGUGCAAGAACCCGUGUGUGUCACCAGCUGGGAGCGUGUGCGGAAUAAACGCUAACUGCAAGGUAGAAAAACACGUGCCUAUAUGCUCUUGCCCAGAAGGGUAUGAAGGUAACCCCAUUCAGGAGUGUUCCAUACCCUCCCGCAGACGCUACGUAAAUCGCAGACGGAAGUAGGCGAAUAACACACACCUGAAACAAGACAACGGCGGAAUCAUCGGGAAUAAAACAGUUUAUGGUAAACAUCCCCAAGAUACAAGACAUUGGACGACAGAUACACUUGAUGGAUCUUACUACGAUGGUGAUGAUGACUGAUCCUGCUCCAGGCUCACCCGUCACUCACUCUAUUAAAGGUUCACAGUGUGCUAAAAAGUAAAAAAAAAAAUGAAAAAUGCCGAAAGCCUGCGUUGUUUGAAUCGUAGGAACGAAAGAAUUACAUAAAAGAUUAUCAAAAAUCUAGACGAACAUUUCAAUACAAUGAUUAACUUUUUCCUAUUUGUUUAGUAAUUACAUAACCAGACUCAACAGUUGUCAUAAUCAAUGGGUAAAAAUUGGUAAAAUCAUCCGUCGACAAAUCAAAAGUUUAUCAUUCGGUCGUAAUUAUUUUCUAACAUUAUAUGAAACUGCUGAGACUCGUGCCAAACAUGACGGAGGGCCGGGGUCAGUGUUGGCACUUGUAGAGGAGCCGCUGUGGCCCCUCUUACACCCAAGCUUUACUCUAUCUUUUUUUUUAUAAGUGUUGUCACUAAACCAGUUGCAAUUCUGCACAAACGUUUUUCUUCUUCAUAGAUGUGUAAUUAUAAAAGUCAGCGAUGCGUUGUAUAAUAAAAAUCACUAUAGGUGCUAUCGCUUUCACUGGUACUAAAUAAUUAUGAAACAACCAAUAUUGUCCGAACGUGUUUCUGCUUCCCCUAGUCAUCCCUAACAAAACAAGUGUAGAAACGGGAGCUGGUGUUUACAAAGUUGAACCUUAAGAGAAAAUGGGAUUGUUAACAGCAUAAUCUGCACUAGAAGGCUGUCUCUUCGAGUGUUUCUCACCCAACCUCGGUGUGUGGAGCUUCCUCACGUGUCGAGCACCUCACUACCGUGCACCAGCUGAGGGAGAGUGUGGGAGUGCAGCUGAGGGAGGAGUGUGGGAGAGUAGUUGAGGGAAGAGUGUGGGAGAGCAGCUAAGGGAGGAGUGUGGUAGAGCAGCUGAGGAAGGACUGUGGGAGAGCAUCUGAGGGAAGAGUGUGGGUAGAACUAAGGGGGGAGUGUGGGAGAACAGCUGAGGGAGGAGUGUGGGAGAACAGCUGAGGGAGGAGUGUUGGAGAGCAGCUGAGGAAGAAGUGUGGUCGAACAGCUGAGGGAGGAGUGUGGGAGAAAGGUGUUGUGCUCAGGAGUUGAUCAACACCUAACGACAGAAAUGCUCGGACUGAGCCUUCGUCCACUUCAUUAUAAAGUUUGUUUUGGGUCACACCAAAUAACCCACUAAUAUUAUUCUUCAUUAAUAUAUAAAUACAAAAUACAAAAUCUAA